UUAAAUAUUGUUUCAGUGCUCUGUGGUUAUAGAUGUAAUAAAUUAUGUAUUUUGUUUUUCAGCAUAUAUCAUCAUUACAAUAAUUGUCUAUAUCUCUGUACCUACCGCACCACUGGUAUUGAACAACAUAAAAUUUUUGAACAUAUCUCUUGAUCGCACGUUUAUUUUAGGAGGAGAAUUUCUCGUCGAUAGAGAUAAAUAUUAUACAGAGAUUUUUAUAUUUGAUUGUAUAUGCAUAAUUGUCUGUGCUCCUUUGAUGUGCGCCUUUGACUCCAUGUACGUUGUUUGCGUUCAACAUUGUUUAGGGCUAUUUGCCAUAAUCAAGUUUCGAUUACGGAAAUCGACAGAGUCAUAUAGUGAUCAAACGCUAUCUAAAGUGGAAAAAGAAGCUGUCACAUAUAAAUACAUAACAAAGACAAUUGAAUUACAUAAAAACGUAUUGAUUUUUACUGCAAUUUUGGAAGCAACAUACUCUUCGACUUUCUUAAUCUUAGUAGGAUUAAAUAUGUUGAUUAUCAGCUUAGCUUGCGUUUUAAUACUAAUAAAAAUUGAUGACAAUGACAUUAUGAGUGUUCUUAGAUUUAGUUUUGUACUUAUUGGAUCAGUAUUACACUUAUUCUUUUUAAGUUGGCCAGGUCAAGCACUAACCGAUUACAGUCUUAGUCUUUCUGAUGAUGCGUAUGCAAAUGAAUGGUAUGAAGCAUCUAUAGAAUCCCAGAGAUCAUUAAAAUUUUUAAUUUUGAGAUGCAUUAAACCAUGUCAAUUGACCGCUGGAGGAAUAUACGUGAUGAAUUUUUCAAAUUUUGCGAUGAUUAUCAAAACGUCAGUGUCAUACAUUACAAUGUUUAUAUCUUUAACAUAGUGCGACUUAGUACCAACUGAAUACAAAAUAGAAAGAUAAUUUUGUAAAUGGUUGCAAAUGAUGAUCG